AUGACGUCAAAGAAGCACGAGCAACAUCGCGUGUUGGCUGACGGCUGGGGCCAGCAGACCACAGGCAGCGUCUUCUGCGCCGACUCGAGUCUGCGAUACAUUUACGAGAGCGCCAGUUUUUCGUCGUCGUCUCGGUCGCUACCGCAACCGACUCGCGCUUUCUUGGCUUCGAAAGACUUUGACGUGUCACACGUAACUGUUCCACCGAACCAUCUGUUCCGUGGGAACAUUCGUUGCGCGCUUUUUGGUGGCAUAGACGCUGCGUCCGGAGAGAGCCAGUGCGUUGAUGACCAUCAAGUCGCGAUUGCACGAGCAUGUCACGCUAUUGUUCAGGAGACGCGGGCGAAACCGCCGUCGUUCCACGAAUGUUCCGUGUGUUUCAGUGCUAAUGCUGCGGCCCAGCUGUCGCUUUGUGGCCACACGUUCCAUCCGCAGUGUUUCUUGCGAUGGUUCCGAUCGAAUCCAACGUGUCCACUCUGUCGGGCACCUGUGGACAAGAUCUACGAAGUGGCUUCACCGGCAUUUGACCAGCAGCAAAAUGAGCUCGACGCGCUAAUGGCUGAAAUGGAUCAGGACGACGAUCCGUUGCGAGUGGGCACUGCCGACCAGUUGAUGUCGUUAUUUGAGACCGAGUUGGACACGGACAUGGAACUUGUUGCACUUGAAGCGUUGGGCUCUGCUCCUACUGACUCGAUCGAGUUGACGUUUGAGCCGGGGGAGAUGGCAGAUGAGACGAUGGACAUGGACUUGAAGCAACAUGUAACAAUCGGCGAUCGGUACGAGGAGACAAUGACAACAACGGACCCACUAGCGAUCCAACAGCAGUUCCCACCGGCGUCAACGAUCCCGAAUUACUGGAAUGUUUUGAAUCAAGGCACGACUGGGUCUGCUAUGCCACUGGAAGUAGCUCCUCAGCGGAUGGUGCAUAUUGUACCCAAGGUGGAGGACAGGACAAUGCCGGCCUCAAUGGCUGUAAGUUCUGGCGAAAUUGAGCUGACGGGUAAUAGGCAGACGGGCUCGGUGUACAACGACCAUUUGUGUCAUGAGGCUGUUGCUGAUCGUGCUAUUUCGUGUCGAUGUACUGGAGGGUGCAAGAAUGGACGCUGUGCCUGUGUCAAAGAAGGAGGUAUGUGUGGCGUCUCGUGUCGAUGCACGUCUUGCAAGAACCCGUACUUGAUGGUUCAAGCUGCAGGUGCUGACAUCAAUGCCCUGUUGAAAGACAACUGCUUUAUGCACAACGUGUCCAAGACUCGAGAAAUGGUGCAACGGCUUCAAGAGCCAGUUACAGUGCCGUGUUGUGACAGCACGAUCAAGGUCGUCGAGUGUGUGCAGGGCUACACAUGUGAGCUCUGCAAUCGACGAUACGAUUUCUCGUGGUGCACGAGCAAGCUACUAGCAAGCGAACGCACUCCACGCAAUCAUUGUGCCAUUUGUAGACGAUGUUGUGACCAUCGUGAUGUGCACUGCCACGACUGCGGUCGCUGCUAUUUUGCUGGUGUGGUGGCAAGUUUACCGUGUCCUUGUAAAGAAGCGUUGAGUCAUAGGAAGCACCGCGAGGCUAUGGCAAAAGACAAGACGGAGGAAGCUGAGGAAGAAGCAGAAGGCGAGUGUUGCAUCAUGUAG